AUGGCAACUCCACAAAACAACGCAGAAAACUUCAUGAACUUGGCGGAGCAUGUGGACAAUAUUCAGAGGUCACUGGAAAAUCUUCGAAGCCUUUCUGCAGAGGACAUGACAAAAAUGCUGCGGUCCAGGAUAGAUGAACAGUCAAGUCUGAUCUGCAUACUGAAACAGAGAGCAGAUGAGCAGCUUCUUCGAUGUCAAGCCCUGCAAAACAUCAAUACCGAGCUGGAGCACAGAGUAACAGGCAGCCAGAAAGAACUGGACAGCGAAAGAAAGAAAGCAGAGUUAUUAGAGAAGAGAUUCAUGGAUUUAGCUGCCAACAAUCAAGCCAUUAUUACUUUCAUGGAAGAGUACAAAAAUCUGAAUGCCCAGUUAAAGAUGGAAAACAAACAGUUGCAGGUAGAAAAUGACAUGCUUUUCUCCCAAAAACUACAAGAUAAAGAGGUGCUUGUGCAAAACCUGAUGCAAGAAAUCAAACUGCUGACAGAGAAUUAUACGAAUAAAGAAAAUGAAUAUCAGGAGAAAUUAGCUGAAUACCAGUCAAAACUCCAGGAACAGGCAACUCAACAUCAAGCCAAAGAAGCAUCGCUACUUGAUCAACUGCAUGACGCUCAGCAACAGAAAAGAGAUGCUGUAGAGAUGUCCAAAGCCAUGAAGCUGAAGCUAGACGGGGCUGAAGAAAAGCAUGCUUUGAAGGAGAUCAAGAUGAGAGAAAACAUAAUAAGCCUCACCAAAGAGAAGGACAAACUAUUGUCUCUGUCUGUGGAGAGAGGGAGAGUGAUACAGGAGAAACAAGAGGAAAUCCAGCAGCUGGAGAGAAAAUGGAAAGAAGAGAAAAAGUCCCGGGCUGAAGCAGAGGACAGGUUUGAACAGGACGCAGAAGCUGUUAAUGCAGAUGUAAAAGUGAAGUCUCUCCAGUGUGCUCUUGAUGAGUCCAUGACAAACUAUGACGAUCUUAAAAAGGAUUUCGAAGCCUUCAGAGAAUACAGCUCCAGUCUCCUUAAGCAAGAGAGGGAACUGAAUAAGAAACUGAGCUACAUGUUCGGUUAA